UAAGCCUUGCACUUUGAGCACGUGAGUAGUGGGGGUUCUUUACCUGCCAUGGCUAACAAGAUCUCCCUCAUUAAGUGCUUAUCUGUGCAGGAGAGAAGAAGGGUCAUCUUGCAGGAUAGAAAACACACAAGGAAGGAAGCGAGAAAGCAGGCAGGAGCCUUUACAACAACAACAACUUUUAUUUUUGAUACUUGUUGUGUUUGAAGGGUAGACGUGGAGGCCAUCUGUUAGGAUCAGGAUUUAUGCUGUAAGCGUUUGACAACUCUGACCACCUACCUGCAUCCACCGUGUUCUUGUCCAGGUUUCCAUCUGACUUAAUACUGCCUGCCAGCAUCUUCUGGUCGCCCUGAUCCAUGCAACAUGACUGAAGGAGAGAAGCACAACACAAGCCGCCAUCAACAAGUUUAAAUAAAUCAUGGAGUCUGUGACGAGAGUGAAGAAGUCUCUACGCGCGCCCAUCAGGAAGCUCACCAGCUGUGUGAGUACCAUGAGCAACAGGAAGUUGUGUGCCAAACGCCGGUACCACAGAGCUAGACGUGGUGGAGGACAAGGAGGCUGCGGCAGGUCGAGGAAGGCCCCUCCUCGACGAACAGCCGAUGCCGAAUAUCCACCGGUGGUUCGCUCUUACCAGGCAGACUUGGAGAAGGAGAGAAAACUGCGUGAAGCCAUGAACGCUCAGAAGAAUGCAGAGAGAGCAGCCAUGAGAGUUCACUUCAGGAGAAAAUAUCAUCUAGCAGAGAAUUCCAAGGACGGUAGCCACCUGAAGUGCGUUGGCGGCAACGUGUCGCUCCCCCGUGAGCUGUCCAACCUGGUACGUCCCGACAACAAGACGAAGGAUGACGGCUUCAACCUGCUCGGCGCCUUCCAAGGCCUCCGCUUGGGCCCGCUGGCGGGGGGCAAACGCGGCAAACACGCCACGGCUGCCACGCCCCAGAGAGCGCAGGCUUGUCAAGUCAUGUGACUGAGACAAUGUAUCACAUGCCGCUGUACAGACUUUCUGAAAUAACCAUCUUAUGGUCCACCACAAGCAUUGUUCUAUUUUUUAAUAAUACAGUAAUGUCUUUAUGGAAUCAUAUUUGGUCAUUUGAAUCAAAAUGGACGCUGCACAUCUCCCUAUAAGGCAGUAGAAUCAUGUCUCUCCCAGCCAAUCAAUCAAGAGAGGUAGUGGAAUAUCUGUAAUUAAAAUAUCAAUUUCAUUUAAGACGUCCACCGUGCCGCCAUAUUCAAUUGUAUUACAUUAAAACAAUUUAAUAAAUGGGCACGGUGGCCUCAUAGUUCUGUGGACCGGGGUUCAAUCCCCGCCUGUGUGGAGUUUGCAUGUUCUCCCCGUGCCUGUGCGGGUUUUCUCCGGGGAUUGAACCCUCUGUAAAUUGCUUUCUUAAAUUGAUUACAAUUAAUACAAUGCAUUUUGUAAUUCAAUUAAAUAAAUACAGUAAACAAUUUUACAUGUAAUGGAAAAAAAAGGUUAGGCCAUCCACCUCACAGUUCUGAGGACACGAGUUCAAAUCCUGCCUCGCCUGUAUGGAGUUUGCAUGUUUCUUCAAUUAAAUAAAAACAGUAAAAUAAAUGUUUCUACAUGUAUUUGGGAAAAAAUGGUGGCACGGUUUAUAUCUGCCCUGCGAUUGGCUGGCGACCAGUUCAGGGUGUACCCCGCCUACUGCCCGCGGUUAGCUGGGAUAGGCUCCAGCAUACCCGCGACCCUAGUGAGGAUAAGCGGUGUAGAAAAUGGGUGGAUUGGGGAAAAAAAUAGUAUAAGUAAAAAAAAAAAAAAAAAAUAGUAUAAGUAAAAAAAUAUAAUACAAUUAAAAUGUGACUGAUUGUACAUAUAAAUUUGUUUUUACAAAUGACCUGGCCCAUCUCUCCACAAAGGUUUUCUCACCCCUGGUAUACGUGAUAAUAUCCAUCCAUCCAUUAUCUGAGCCGCUUCUCCUCACAAGGGUCGCGGUCGCGCUGGAGCCUAUCCCAGCUAUCAUCGGGCAGGAGGCGGGGUACCCCCUGAACUGGUUGCCAGCCAAUCGCAGUACGUGAUAACAGUUUUGUUUAAUAUGGUUAAACAAAUCUUUUUUGCAGUGAGCUGCUGUGGGUGGAUAAAUAUUUGUUCAUACAAGGUUGUAUAGUAAGAAGUAGCAGGUCAAAUGUCAAUGAAAUUGUUGGCAAAUAUUAAAAUAAAGCUUUAUUUGUCCA